AUGGAAGGAUGGAAGCAGAGAGAAGAUGUGAUGGUGCUGGCUUUGAAGAUGGAAGGGGGCAUGAUCCAAGAAAUACAGGCAACCUCUAGAGGCUGGAAAAGGUGCAUAAAAUCAGCUAACAAUCGAGGGCGUGCCAACGCGGUUAUAGAACGCGACCUCUGCCUUCCAAGAGAGUCCACUGGGAAGGAGGUGGAGAAACAGAGAUCCUUGCAACCUCGUGUGUUCUGCAGACCAGGGCGUGGGUGUCGCCAUCACCCCGGAGCUUCUCAGAAAUACAGUAUUCUGGGCUUCAUCCCAGAUCGCUUCAUAGGGUUUGGCGGAGGGAGCCACCUCUUCCUCUUCCCGGACGGGGGUCUUUGGACAGUGAGUGGCAGAGACCCGCUGCCGGCAGGCCGAGGCGCAGGACUGGGCCGGGGCGGCCCCGCCUGCCCGCCCCGCCUCCCUCCCGGGUCUCUGCCCUGCGCGCGGUUGCUGUGGCAGCGCCGGACGCAGUUCGAGCAGUGGCUGUUGCGGCCUCCACCUCCUCCUCGAAGGCCUCCCCAGACCCCUGGCUCCGGCUCAGCUAGCGUCUCCGCCAUGCCCUGGGGGAGGCGCGGAGGCCGGGUGAGCGCCCUGGAGAGCGGCUCGGAGGAAGAAGCGCCACCGGCGGCGGCCGCUGGGCCCUCGGCGCUGUGGGUGUCCCAGCUACAGCCGGAGGUGGCGGCCGGGCAGAUUCUGCUUCAGGGCAUCUUCAAGAUCGGGAAGAGCAGCUGCGACGUGGUGCUGGGCGAGCGGGCCCUGAGGUGGUGGCCCAUCCAACCCGAGCGGCCUGCGGGUGACUCCAAGUAUGAUGUUCAACGUAAAGAAGAAUUUAUUGAAGUCAAGGACAUAUUCUCUGUCAAACUGAAACGACGUUAUUCUGCUAAGCAGCAGGGAAAUGGUACUUUAUUAGGUAUCACACUCUUCAUUUGUUUGAAAAAGGACCAAAAUAAAUUAAAAGAUUCUACGCUUGAUCUUAUUAAUUUAAGUGAAGACCACUGUGACGUGUGGUUUAAACAAUUCAAGAAAAUUUUGGCAGGUUUUUCAAAUAGACCGAAGUCAUUAAAAGUAAUUCUCAACCCCCAAAGCCACAAAAGAGAAGCUACCCAGGUCUAUUAUGAGAAGGUUGAACCACUGUUGAGGAUUGCAGGAAUAAAGACUGAUGUUACAAUAACAGAAUAUGAAGGGCAUGCUUUGGCACUGCUGAAGGAUUGUGAACUCCAGGAAUUUGAUGGUGUCGUCUGUGUUGGUGGAGAUGGAUCUGCCAGUGAAGUGGCCCAUGCUUUGCUUCUCAGAGCCCAGAGGAAUGCUGGGAAGGAAACAGGCAGCCCUCUCAACGCUGUCCGAGCGCAGCUUCCACUUGGGUUAAUACCUGCAGGCUCUACUAACGUACUGGCACAUUCUCUUCAUGGAAUCCCUCAUGUGGUAACUGCAACUUUGCACAUUAUAAUGGGGCACGCACAACCAGUUGAUGUCUGCACUUUUAGCACCACUGGCAAGCUUCUUCGCUUUGGGUUCUCAGCCAUGUUUGGCUUUGGUGGAAGAACUUUGGCCCUGGCAGAAAAAAAUCGAUGGAUGUCACCCAACCAACGAAGGGAUUUUGCGGUCAUGAAGGCACUGGCAAAACUUAAGCCUGAAGACUGUGAAAUAGCUUUUUUACCGUGUAUUAGCUCUUGCGAUUUACAAGAAAGGAAGGCAGAAGGAUCUCCCAAAUCUGGUAAUGAUCAGUGGCAGACUAUCCAGGGUCAGUUCUUGAAUGUCAGCAUUAUGGCAAUCCCUUGCCUGUGUUCAGUGGCACCUAGAGGCUUGGCACCUACUACCAGAUUAAAUAAUGGAAGCAUGGCUCUUAUCAUUGCACGAAACACUUCUCGACCAGAAUUUAUAAAACACCUAAAAAGAUACGCCAGUGUUAAAAAUCAGUUCAAUUUUCCAUUUGUUGAGACUUACACCGUUGGAGAAGUAAAAGUUCGUCCGAGGAAUCUUAGUGGAUAUGAUCCAGAGGACGACGGACGGCAUGCAGCUGCUUCAGAAAACAGUUUCCCUUGGAACAUAGAUGGUGACUUAAUGGAAGCCACAUCAGAGGUUCACAUUAAAUUACACCCCAGACUGAUCAAGCUUUAUGGAGGAAGCAUGGAAGAAAGGAAUGAUCCCCAAGUAACAUGUAAUUGUUUAUAAAAGAAACGUACAAACUAGAAUUUUAAUAUGACGGACUAUGGUCAUGCUUUAAACAUAUAG